AUAUAUACACUUUCUCCCUCUUCACUUCUUUUCAUUAUUCUCUAUUCAAUCUUUUUUCUCUCUGCAAAAUUCAUACAAAGCUUUCUACUUUCUUCAAUCACUUUCAAUGGAAACCCCAUCAUCCACAACAACUCUCACCAACACCAUUCCACUUUCAAGAAAAUUUGAAGAUUCUGUGUCAAAAUCAAAGGGUCAACAAAAUCAAGAUAGAUGUGCAUUGAUGGACAUGACAAAUGAUUCACCAAUUGUUGGUCUUGCUGGUGGAAAUCUCGAGACACCAUCUGCGAAACAAAGAGGAAGUCGUGUGAAGAACACACCAGGAUCUGGUGAAGCCUUGCUGAGGGGUCAAGUGAAGACCCUUAUGCAGAUGGUUGAAGAAGAGGCUUCUCCUCAAAUUCAGAGUCUUUCUGGUAGCGUCAAUAAUGCUUCUGUUGCUCAACAACAUUCAAUUUCUCAGGUGGUGAAAAUGGAGCAAGAUAGCUGUGAAUAUGGAAAGUGUGAGAUAACAAAGUCCCUUGACUUCUCAGAAAAAUCUCAAGUAUCAGAAGAAUGCACCUCUGAGGUGACAGAAGGAAGUGUGGUUGGUAGCUGCAGCAUAGAUGAAGAUGCUUCUAUCUGGUCAAUGCAAGUCAACUCAUGCAACAAUGAUGAAGAUGAUUUGGAGGAAGAAAUAGCUGAGGAAGAUGAAGAAGAAGAAGAGUACUAUGAUGCUGACAAAGAAGAAGAUUAUGAAGGGCUUGAUGAACUGUGUGAAGGGCUGAACAACAUUAGAGUGAAUGAAAAAGUGGUUCCAAAAUUUGCUGGAAAACACACAAGGUUUGUUUAUAACAGUGAUGAUGAACUUGUGAGUGAAGAGGAGGAUGAAAGUGGCAAUGCUGAUUCACAUAAUGUGUUGCAUUUGAAGGGAUUACCAACACCAAAAGGGAAACAUCUUCGUUUUUCUGAGGAGGAAGAAGAGGGAAAAUCUACUAAGUGAUUGUCAUAAGAAAAAGUUCUACUAAGUGAUUCAUGGAUGAUGAAUGAUUUUUUUACUCUUUUUUUUGCAUUGUUUUCUUUUUUUUGUUGAAGAGUAAUGAGAGACCACAAUUCCUGUGGUCUUCAAAUGUUCCAAUUCCAAAUACUUAAUAAAAAUGUUCCAAUUAAAGUUUUAGAUUUGUUUCAA